GAGCAGGAGACCAGGCGGGCGAAGUUGCAGGAUCUCUUGAGGCAGGUGCCCCUUGCACGCUUGGCUGCAUCUGCACCCGGGCUCCGCUGCUUGCUUCAGAGCCAGCUUGCAGAGCUCGCGCUGCCUGCGAGUGAUACUGUGGAGAAGGCCUCUGAGUCUCUGGAGCGUUUCGAGUGCCGAAUCACAUCGGAGUCCAUCGCCGAUGCAGCAGAGGAGUUGGCGAAAGCUGACUACCAAGCGCCGGAAGCUUUAGAUGGCUUUGCCAUAUCUGCCGCGCUAACGGCCUGCGAGCUUCGGCAGAAGACAGCCGAAGCACGUCUGGCAGUUACGGGAAGUUCGGACUCUGCGAAGACGCCUUUGGACGCAGAGGCCGCGACCAAGGGGGAGGCAGAGUGGGAUGUCUUGCAGAGGCGUGCCCGAGAGGCGCGGGACUUAGAGGAAACUAUCUCGAAACGUUGUCCACACAGGCUGUCCAAAGCAAUACAGAGGCUCUACAGCCAGGAGUUAGCGGCUGCAGAGUCCAUGGUGCGAUUUCGGCGCCUUGCACAGUGGCAGUGCGUGGCUGGUCUCGUUUGGCGCCUGAAAAGCACGUUGCCCUUCGUGGCGCUCUCUUCCUUGCUGUCCAUGGUGCUCGGUGCUUUCUCAUCGAUGCGCUUGCACUACCAGGCUGCCGUCAUCAAUUUGGCCAAAGAUGCCGUCACAGCCUCGACGGGCUCCUCCAAGACAAGGCCUCCAGCAAGCGUUGGGCAGACGGUAGGGGCUAUGGUCGUGAGCGAGCUGAUCAUCCAGCUGGCCGAGUUUGCGCGCGGCCGCUUGAGCUUGCAGGGCAAGUCCAAGGUGAUACAGGAACUCAAAGUGGCGCUUUUCGGGGCGCUGCUACGUCAGGAUCUCGAGUAUUUGGAGCAGUGUGAUCUCCUUCAGCUACGCUCACUGAUCGGAAGUUGUGGCAGCACCAUUUCGCAGGUGGUCGAUUUUCCAGCUACCGCCGUGGAAGCUUCGGUCCGCCUCGGCACAGCAGUACUGGCACUCUCCCGGCAAAAUCGUGGCCUGGCGGCUUUUUUGAUCAUAAUGCUGCCGCUGAGAUUUAUGCUCAGCCAGCUGUUGCAUGGACUGGAACAGGGGCUUCAGGACUCGAACGCUCUCCCGGAUUUCAGGGGCCAGAUCAAGAGCUGCUGGUCCUCGCUGGUGAGGCCGCCUGCGCUGCGUACCAUGCGCGCCUUCGCACGGGAGCCCGUGGAGUUGGCGACCUUCGCCCGGUUCCUGGCCGUUCACGACCAGAUGCAGCAACGGAAGAUGCUGGUCUUUCGCCUGCUGCAGCCAGUCCAGGCAUUGCUUGAGCAUGGGCUGGAGAUCAGCACACUCUGGUACGGAGGCCGCCUGGCCAUGCGCGGGGAGAUGCAGUUCGGAGAGCUCGCGUCGGUGGUCCUCAUCGCGCAAAACGCGUUCGAUGGAGUCAGGUAUGCCCAGGGUGCCGCGGCCAACGUCUCCGCCCACGCCCUGGGUCCCCUGGCUCAGAUGGCGAACCUCUUGGGCCGAACCCCCCAAGCGGCCUUGGACGAGCCGAGCUUGAGCUCCAUGCCGGAGCCUGGAGAUGUGCAUUGGGACAUCGAGUUUAAGAACGUCUCCUUCGAAUACCAGCAGCGCCAGGGCGCGACAGUCCUGAGAGACUUGUCUUUCCGUGCAGAAGAGGGCGAGUUCCUGGGUAUUCUAGGUGCGACGGGCUCUGGGAAAUCAACGAUUCUUUCUCUCCUUCUGCGGUUGUACGAGCCGAGCAGCGGUCAGAUUUUCCUGGGAGGCAAGCCUCUGCGAAGUUACAACCCGCUGUGGCUCAGACGCCACAUCGGCUUUGUGAGUCAGGAUCUCGUCCUGUGCCGGCGUACGGUGAGAGAGAACCUGCUGUAUGGAUGCGUCUCUGUGGACAUGUCGGGGCAAGCGCAGUUGGAGGAGCCCACGGAAGAGUUUGCCAGGACUGCACUGCGAGCUGCUCAGUGCGAGGAGACCUUCUUCAACCAAGCAGCCUUUCCAAACCUUUGGCAUACGGAUGUGGGGGAUGGAGGGAGUGAGCUGAGUGGUGGGGAGAGGCAGAGGCUCGCGCUGGCAAGGGCCAUCGUCAAGAAGCCACGGCUUCUCAUCCUAGACGAGGCAACCUCGGCACUGGACGAAAUCUCCCAGGCGAAGUUGCAGGAGGAAGUGGAAAUCCUUCGAAGGGAACAAGGCGUGACGGUCAUUUGUGUGGCCCAUCGCCUGUCUAACCUAGCCAAGGCAGACCACCUCUUGGUGGUGAAGGAUGGUGAGUUGGCCGAGGAGGGGUCGCCGUCGGCGCUUCUGAAGACGGACGGCAUUUUUGCCGAGUAUGCCCGGGCUCAUCAAGCGGUGCUUCAGGAUUCCUGA